GACGAUUCGGUUAUAUAAUCGAUACAGCCGCGAUUAUAAUAGCGUUUGCAUCACCAUUUGUAUUCCUGUUGUUAUCAUUGUUGUUACUGCUGUUAUUGUUGCUGUUGUUACGCCGACAGGAUGAGGCAUGGCAGCAACUGUUAAACACACAACAAUUCUUGUUGUUGUCCAAGCUUUCGUACACCUUCACGUCGAAGCCGCCCAAUUAGGACUUAAUAGGGAGAAAGCCAAGUCUGCUAGAUAUGACAAAGAAAAGUUUGGUAUCCAUCUGGACACGCUCCAAGGGAGGAAUCAAGCAGCAGAAACCUUCAGGGAAGUAGAGACGCCCUUGGAGAAACAAUUACAGUACACUAACUUCAAUAGGAAAAUUGAGAACUCUAAAUUAUGGCAAGAAUUUAAGACACGACUUAAUACGGCGAAGUUGGGAUUGCAAAGAACUGACCCUUUGUUGAAACUGGACAAUGAUAGACCUAUACUGAAUUAUAGAGUCAAAAGAAAAACCAAACUAUCUGAAAAGCAACAGGAAAAACUACGGACAGAUCAGCAAUUUCGAGCCAAGAGAGAAGUGGUAAUACAUCCACAACUGAAACCAGAAAUGGUAAUGCAGCCACGCAUUGAAAUGCCGAUGGAGAAAGAGGCCGAAGAAAAGAGACAAAAUGUUCCUCUCAACUUUCACUUUUACAAUCCGUCCAUUUACUACCCAGAAGUUAUUGACUCUUUGGCCAACAAAUCCGGCUCAUACCAGGAGAAACUCUCCCAGAACCGGGAGAAGCGACAAGUCCUGUACCUGUUGGAUGGAAGAGGAGUUCCACUUCUGUUCAGACCUGUUAGGACAACCCCGAACCCCUUUAUCCGUCAGACUAACAUCGAGGAUUACGAGAUAGUGAGACCCAACCUGGGGGAGGAGUUCCGACCGAUAGCUGGUGACGAUGCUGAUUCUGAUUCUUCUGAUGUUGAGAGCAGCUACCAGCUGAACAAGGAAGGCAGAAAUAUGUCCAAAGUUGUAUUGGGAUAUUAUAUGAGACAGAAUUUUGAAAAAUGGUUGCUGAUCCAAAAAUUUGCAGCGGGUGUUUUAAAGCCAAUAUCGAGGACACAAAUAGAAAUAGACAAGAAAGAAGCUAUUAUUCCCAUCAGUCCUACAACUCCAAUAAUUCCCACAAUGAAUGGAGUAGGCUGGAAUAUGCUAACUUCAGUCGAGAAUAAUUUGGGAGACAUUCUACAAAUGAGACUAAAACGAUCAGUGACGAGAAAAAAACGAAAACGCAAACCGAGGCACAAAGAGGCGGGGAAGACUCUGCAGCGGAAACGGGCGAAGAAGAGAAAACAGAAGCAGAGAAGAGUAGAAAGGAAGAGACUAAGAAUGUUGACACACGCAAGGAGACUGAGAAAACAGAAGAAGUCUAAACAAGCCAGACUGGAGAGGCAUUAUGCAAGGAUGAACAUGACAACUCCUUUUCCUGGAUAUAUAAUGAAUCAUACAAGGGAAAACAACACCUUGCUGAGAAAAUAUGAUCUGAAUGAGCAAGAAACGUCCGAUACAAGACAAGAGAAUACUGAAGAGGAGUACUCCGGAGAGACUUAUGAAGACGAGAAUGAAGAUAGUAGCCAUGAAGAAAGUGAUGAGUACAGUGAUGAAAACAGCGCUGACAACGGCAAUGAUGACUAUGACGACGAUGAUUAUGAUGAUAGUGAUGAAGAUGAAGAUGAUAACAGCGAUUAUGAGAACAUAGAGUAUGAAAAUGUAGAAGACAAACCUUACAAACCAGAAGGGGAUAAGAGCGACAAUACUGGAGAGAAACAUCACCUACAAUCCGCACAAGUGGGCACAACCAAAAAAUUUGUUGGUAAAUACCUUAACUCAAUACAUCAGACAGAAUCAAGUAACAAGAUCUCAAACAAAUUAUUAAGUAGCAAAGGAACCUUUAUAAACAAAAAUAAAUUAAGUAGAAAAUACAACGCCGGCGUGCCGGAAAACUCAAAACAGAAAUUAAAUUAUAAAUCUGUCAAAUAUCAAACAGAAAAUAUCAGAACACUUAAUGGAAAAUCCAAAAAUUAUUUAAAUAAAUCCAAUGGCGAAGAAUAUGCAAACAUAAAGAGUCUUAAAGGUGCCGAAAAUUAUAUUUUUCAAAGUAUCAUUACAAAAUUUAAAACAUUGCAAAAUAUCUUGAUAGAACAAUGUCAAUUGAUUCAGCACGAUAAGAAACAUGCAGAGAAUAUUAGGAUAUUUGAUAUCAAACAAAAAUGUUCUAGCAACAAAUUGAAUUAUAAAUAAAUACAUUUUUUAUAACUAUAUAUAAAUUAUAAUAUAACAUAAUGUUUGUAUAUUUCUAAUAAGUUAUUUAAUGCGUGACUUUAAUAAUUGGUAAUCAUGAUAUAUCGACUGUUCAUACAGUUUAACUGUUAUCUCCAACGCAAAAUAUAAAACUGUCAAAAUGAACGUUCAACCGAAAGCGGAUAUAAUAGAAUUUAAAUAUUUUAUACAAUAUAAUUCAAUGUUUUUUUUUAAUGUCUUCCUUUUCUAAAAAUAAGUACAGGAAUAGCACAAAAAUGUUAAGCAGGAUGGCAUUAUCAAGAACAUUAUAUAAAAAAUUGUAAAUACAAGAAUUUUAAAUGUGUGUAAUGAAUACAAUAUAACUGAAUUAGUACAACUGAAUUACCUAUAUAAGAACGAAUACAUUUAGUAAUUUCGUUAAUCGUUAAAGCAAUCAAAAACAGGUUUAGUAUAAUCUUAAGCAUUACUUGAGUCAGUACUUAUUUAUUUAGUACUUCCAAAUAACUUUUUUAUAUCCUAGUAUCGUGUUAAUUAUUAAACUGUUAUUCUGGUUAGAUACGAUAUGUAUUGAGUCCUUGUAAAUGUUUUAUAGCCUCUAUAAUAUACUAAACCACUUCAAUACGGUUACUGGUGCCAUAUUUGAGUUUACUUUGUUGCACCGAUAAAGAAAAUAGACAGUCAAAAUGCGUUUAAUUUGGCCCUUCUACUUCCGGUGUAAGAGGAAGAAUGAAAAACUUUUACUAAGUUUUCGGAUUGUAAUCUGAGAAAUGGCUCGUUGAGGCUAUAUUACAGUAAUAUCCAUUCAUCUGUUUGUCUUAAGCCAUUGUAAACAUGCCACAACAUAAUAUUAAGGAAGGUAUCCAGUUUCGUGUACGUUACGUGAAAUAUUCACGCAUUUUUCAUUGCGGGUUUGUAAUAGUGUUUAAAUACCGUAAUAUUCUACAAUCCAUUUCAUACGUUAAAUUCGUCAGUAGUGCAAUCUGUAGUAAUUUCUUGACAAAAUUUUUGUCUUUGCUAUAUUUUGCGUUACACUGCCGAUUAAGAACUGAAUGUAUAGCCUACUUAACAUUUAAAGUCUAAGUAUAUUUCAACUAAAACUUCCAAUUGAACUUUUCUUAUCUGAAUGAACUCUGUGCUAAACAUUCAUUAUCGAAAAGGUUGAAAUAAUAAGUCUUGUUAUUUCUAUAUAAACUAUAAUGACUAUAAAUAUAAACAAACGCACGAUUACUAGGUUUGCCUUUGUAGACCAUUUACUAUAUUGGCAUUGCAUGGCAGAAAAUUUAUUCCAUAAAGUUCUAUUCUUUAAAGCAUACAUAACGCUAAUGUAUUAAAUCUAUUUAGGUUUUUAAAUUCAUGUUAAUCUUAUAGUAAUGACCUCAUAUUUAAUAAUAAUUAAAUAUAAAAUUUCAAAUUUUCUGCUAGAAUGCGCAAAAUCAAAACGUUUAAAAGCUUAAUUAGUUAAGUGGUUAAAAGAGAUUAUGUUUCAUGAAUAUAAUUAUUAUCUAAACAAAUUUCAAAUAAAUACCCUGAGAAACCUGUCCAGUGAAUAUUUAUAAUAAUCUUACUUAGACUUCAAUAUUGAAAUGAAACUAUUCCAACCGUUCUCGAGGAUAUAUCAACAGGCUGAAGAUUUCCUCAGAUGAUUAUGUUCCGUUAUCAGGCUCUCCAACCACGAAAAUGUGUACCAACCAAAAGAUGCUUAACAAUUUUUAAGCAGUUUGAAGAGAACCAGUAUGCUUAUCCUAAGGCUCGACAGUGAUUUCCAUAUCGUUAUGCUUUCAAAGUAUCGUAUAAUUACUGACAGCCUAUUUCCAAUGAAGAAGAAGGGGGAAAGUUCUGUACAUAAGAGAAAGUGUUGUAAUUAAAUCUAUAAGUCCUUUUGCGCGACUCUUGUCUUGAGGGACAAGAUAUUUAGGGUGGGGAAAGAUGGGGUAGAUUGAAGCCACCUCAUUUGAGAUCUCAUUGUAGGCUACAGCCUCGUGUUACAUUGAGGGAGGCUUUCUCUGUUUCAAACCUCUACUUGGGUUCUCCUUCACGUUUAAGAGUGAGAGAAAUUUUCACACUGAGGGAGUUCCACUCAUUUCUAUAAUUAUCCUUCAGAGAGAAAUAUUUAAUAUAAUAUCUCUAAACGUGUAGAUUAUUAUUUGCCACUCUUAAGCACCCAUUGGUAGACUCUGGUGUAAGUGAAAGCAUCAAUAACCUACCUUUUUUACCUAACCCUUUUUACCUGUAAGUUCUACUGGUAGGCAGAGCCACAGCUUCAUAUUUUUCAGGGGGGGGCGAGCUCUAAAUUUGCCGUUCUCUCAACUCUGGCUACGUACUUCAAAUUUUUCACAAAGGCAUAAUUAACAAUUGCAGUAUAAAUUAUAUAGUGAUUUAUAAAAUAAAUGAACAUUAUUUUUAACUUAAUACAAUUUUAUAUUUCCAGAUGUUUUAGAUCUUAAUAUACUGCUUACUUAAAUUAUGAUUGUUGAUGCUCUUCAAUAUUUAUUGAUAUGGUGCUUACACUUGAUAAUCUCUGAUUCAUAGUGAUUCUAAAAUAAUACAUCUCAGCUUACUGAAGCAUCUCUCCCCAAAACGAAAAAGACUAAAAGAGUAAGGAAUAUUUUGAGAGAUGUUGUGAUAUGUAGGUAACCUUCGUCUAAGUGUUGCUUUUUAAUAAAUUUUAAAGUCUAUUGAGGUAAAUCAUGUCCUGCUUUCUUAUUUAAUUCAAGGCCAUUCCAUUUAUACUUCUUUGAACAAUUCCUCAAUGUUUAAAUCUUCUGGGUAACUGUCAACCAAAAGUAUUUACUCUAAUGUGUAACCCCUUCAAAUCGACUUUGCUUAUCUGAGGGCAGUAGAGUCAACAACAGACAACACGCUGAGUGGGGCGCGGCUACAAGCAAAAGGUAGGUCAGUCUGAGUUUUGCCAAAAUGCCUAUUGAAUUGUCAUUGCUUCAAAAGUUAAUUUUACUUUUAAAAUACCUUUCAUCUCGAUAGCUUCUUCUCUGGCUAUACCACAGUUUGAAAACUACUUGAAUAUAACAUUUACAAUUUACGACUUUCAAUGCAUCAAAUCUUCAUAUCUUCAAAUGUUCAUAUUGCUAAAAACAAUACAACUAAAAGAUAAGAGUGCGCUAUGGUUGUCAUGUCUUCGCUAGCGAUGGUUUCACACGCAAUUUCAAAUCUAUAUAGCUAAUUUCAUUCUCUAGCUUUAUUUUCAUUCUUCCGGAAGACCGAAGAAAAAUUGUGUUGACCUACUGAGUGAUAGGCAUCUAUGACGCUCAGGUAAACUCCAUGGUUAAACAUGCACCUUCAUAGACCUCAUUCUGGUCUGUGUAAAAAUAAAGUAUAAUGCCAAAUUUAAAAUUUAAAAAGAAUCUUUCUCGAGAUAUCUUACUACACGGUACAUUCACAUUUAUUGUACUACAACGCAAGAACGCGUUGCAGUGAAUGGUUCAAAUUAUGUAUUCAUCCGAUCUACCAAUUUUAAUAGGCUACGUGUAAAGGAAACAACAACGUUCAAGUACAACACUUGGCUGCGUGCAAUAAUUAGAGUUUGUGCAUCAAUAAAUACACAUCAGGUCAUUCACUAAAAAUAUAAAUAAAACUAAGCAUUGAGUAAGUAUUGAAACUAGACACUAGUAAACAUUGUUUUAAAGACUACAUCUAAGAAAAUAAAGAUUUGACUAAGAAUUGUAAA